AUGGAGAAAGAAUCUGAUUGUGGUGAAUUUAACGUAAUUUCUACAGCCGAGGAACAAGUUAAAGAGGAAGUGAAAUCGGUUGUGGUUGAAAGGUUUCAAACGCAAGUAUCUCAGUUUGAAAUAGACACUUUAAUACAUUCACAAACAAAUGCUAAUACCAGAAAGAAUACUAAAUGGUCACUAAAUAUAUUUAAUGAAUGGCGGAAAUGUCGAUCGAAGGGUGAUAAUGAUAUACCUGAAUUGCAAGAUAUGACAGCAGAAGAAUUAGAUUAUUGGUUACAGCGAUUUAUUGUAGAAUUGCGUAAAAUGAACGGAGAUGAGUAUUCCCCUAAAUCAGUUUAUUAUAUCAUUUGUGGGCUUAUGAGACACUUGAAGGACCAUAAUAUUUCCAUUAACAUUCUGGAGGAAGCUGAUACACGUUUUCUGUUAACCAGAAAGGUGUUAGAUGCCAAGAUGAAGGAAUUAGUAAGCCAAGGAGUCGGUUGUAAACCGAAAACAGCUGACCCCGUAUCAAACGAAGAUGAGUAUAAGUUGUGGAAUUCUGGUGUCUUUGGUUUUACCAACUCAACGAGUUUACAGUACACAGUAUUUUUUUACGCAUGUAAACUGUUUGGACUACGAGGAAGAGAUGAGCACCGCCAUUUAGAAGCUGACCAGUUUGAAUUGGGUCAAAGAUGUUUAUGUACAGUAUUUAAAACCUAUUUAGACGCGAUAGAAUCCGGAAUGUUUUAUAGAAAGCCAUUACAGAAUGGCAUAAGAUACGGAAAGCAGCCUGUUGGGAUUAAUAAAUUAGGUAAUUUCAUUAAUGAAAUGUGUCAACAAGCUGGUUUAGUCGGACAUUACACUAACCACUCCGGCAGCGAAAUCGGCUUCUAUGAAUUUCCCACAUAA